GCACCAAUCCUUGCGGGGGGGCGAACAAAAACAAACGUGAGGGGAGGAGAGGCCUGGACCGGCCUUGAGGGAGCCGCGGCCUCGCCUCGGAAGGACUCCGCUGCUCGUCGGCCGGGAUCGCCUUUGCUCCUCGCUGGGUACCGGGAUGUCCCUCCGCCCUCCGGUCCAUCUUUGAGCGGUUUCGCCUUUUCUUUUCCUCUCCUCCGCUCCCCGCCAGCUGAGCUUCUCGCCCGGGGUCCUGAGGCGGCGGCGGCAGGGACGACGGCGCCGCCGCCAUGUCGGGGGACGACGACGGCCUGGAUGGGCCGCACUACGUGGCGGAAUUCGUGCCUCCGCCCGAGUGCCCCGUCUUCGAGCCCAGCUGGGAGGAGUUCAGCAACCCCCUCGGCUUCAUCUGCCGCAUCCGACCCUUGGCGGAGAAAACGGGCAUCUGCAAGAUCAGGCCGCCUAAGGAUUGGCAGCCUCCUUUUGCAUGUGAUGUGCAAAACUUUCGUUUUACUCCACGGGUGCAGCGCUUGAAUGAACUGGAGGCAAUGACUAGAGUGAAGUUGGAUUUCUUAGAUCACCUAGCAAAAUUCUGGGAACUUCAAGGGUCUACACUGAAAAUUCCAGUAGUAGAAAGAAAAAUAUUAGAUCUUUAUUCACUGAGCAAGCUUUUACAUGUUUGA